CGUGAGUGACCACGCCCCGAGCGGCCAAGCCACCAGCCUUUAAACUUGAGCUCCACGCCUCGCCAAGUCAUAACCAUCCCGCAGACCCCCACAGGCCACAGUCCAAUCGGCGGCCCUCUCGCCCGUCCUCUCCUGUAAGCCAAGCCACACUUCCUGCGGCCGGACCGGACGCCUGGACUCGCAAGUCGCACCAGCCUACUUGUUACUUAAGCUCGGCUCGCUCGCUUUUGCACCAGUGAGCAGACCGGCAGAGAAACUGCAGCUACGUGCUUGCAUGAAAUGGCGCCCGCCGUGCAGGACCGCCUCCCGUUCCUAGCCUCGCCCCCGGCGCCCCCGCCCGCGCGGGAGAGGGGCCGGAACCCGUCCCUCGCCGAGAUGCUCCGCCUCGUCGGCGCCGCCACCACCACCGUCGACACGGCGGACGACGACGGCACCGCGUCGGUGUUCUCGCUCCCGCUCGCGCUCGCCACCACUCCCGGACGUGACGCGGUGGCGGGGGGCGCGAGCGCGACGACCAUCGCGCGCACCGUGCACUUCCGCCUGGCGUUCAGCAACCUGACCUACAGCGUCCGCGCCAAGCAGCGCCGGCGCGGCCCCAGCCUGCCCCUGCAGAGCCGCGUCACCGCCGCCGCCGCCGCGGCGGCGCCCGACGCGCGCGCGCCGCGCACCCGGGCGCUGCUGGACGGCGUCUCCGGGGAGGCGAGGGAGGGCGAGAUCCUGGCCGUCAUGGGCGCCAGCGGCUCCGGCAAGUCCACGCUCAUCGACGCGCUCGCCAACCGCAUCUCCCGCGACGCGCUCAAGGGCGCCGUCACGCUCAACGGGGAGCCCCUCGUCGGCGACAUCAUCAAGUCCAUCUCCGCCUACGUCAUGCAGGACGACCUGCUGUUCCCCACGCUCACCGUCACCGAGACGCUCUCCUUCGCCGCCGAGUUCCGCCUCCCGCGGGCGCUGCCGCCGGCCAAGAAGCGCGCGCGCGUGCAGGCGCUCAUCGACCAGCUCGGCCUCCGCGCGGCGGCCGACACCAUCAUCGGGGACGAGGGCCACCGCGGGGUGUCCGGAGGAGAGCGCCGCAGGGUCUCCAUCGGCACCGACAUCAUCCACGACCCCAUCCUCCUGUUCCUCGACGAGCCCACGUCGGGGCUCGACUCCACCUCCGCGUUCAUGGUGGUCAAGGUCCUUCGCCGCAUCGCGGAGAGCGGCAGCAUCGUCAUCACAUCCAUCCACCAGCCGAGCCAGCGCAUCCUCGGCCUCCUCGACCGCCUCAUCCUCCUCUCCGGCGGGCAGACGGUCUUCAGCGGGCCACCUUCCGCCCUCCCGUCCUACUUCGCCGAGUUCGGCUUCCCGGUGCCCGACGACGAGAACCGCGCCGAGUUCGCGCUCGACCUGAUCCGCGAGUUCGAGUCCUCGCCCACGGGUACCAAGCCGCUCGUCGACUUCCACCGCACAUGGCAGCACAUGCACGCGCGGAGCCAUGGCCAAGGCUCGGCGGGCGCUGCUGGUCAGACGUUGGCGGCAACGGCACCAACGAUGCCGCUCAAGGAGGCCAUCAGCGCGAGCAUUUCGCGCGGGAAGCUGGUGCUGGGCUCGGACGGCGUGGCCGGAGAGGCCGCGUCCGUGCGCACCUACGCCAACCCGUUCUGGGUGGAGAUGAAGGUGCUGACGAAGCGGUCAGCGAUCAACACGCGUCGCAUGCCCGAGCUGUUCCUCAUCCGUCUCGGAGCCGUGGUGGUCACGGGCGCGAUCCUCGCCACCGUCUUCUUCCGGCUGGACCAGUCCCCCAAGGGGGCGCAGGAGCGGCUGGGCUUCUUCGCGUUCGCCAUGUCCACCAUGUUCUACACCUGCGCCGACGCGCUGCCGGUGUUCCUCCAGGAGCGCUACGUCUUCCUGCGCGAGACGGCCUACGGCGCGUACCGGCGCGCCUCCUACGUGCUCUCCAACGCCAUCGUCUCCUUCCCGCCGAUCGUGGUGCUCUCCCUCGCCUUCGCCUUCACCACCUUCUUCGCCGUCGGCCUCGCGGGCGGCGUGUCCGGGUUCGCGUUCUACACGCUGGCCAUCCUGGCGUCGUUCUGGGCCGGGAGCGGCUUCGUCACGUUCCUCUCCGGAGUGAUACCGCACGUGAUGAUCGGCUACACCGUGGUGGUGGCCAUCCUGGCCUACUUCCUGCUCUUCACCGGCUUCUUCAUCAACCGGGACAGGAUCCCGGCCUACUGGAUCUGGUUCCACUACCUGUCGCUGAUCAAGUACCCGUUCGAGGGCGUGCUGCAGAACGAGUUCGGGCGCGGCGGCGAGUGCUUCGUGCGGGGCGCGCAGAUGUUCGACAACUCCCCGCUGGCGGGGCUGCCGGACGCCGUGAAGGGCCGGGUGCUCGCGUCCAUCAGCUCGGCGCUCGGGGUGCGGAUCGGCGCCGACACGUGCGUGGUCACGGGCCGCGGCGUGCUGCACCAGGCGGCGGUGACGCAGCUCGGCAAGUGGGAGUGCCUGCUCGUGACCAUGGCUUGGGGUUUCCUCUUCCGCAUCCUCUUCUACUUCAGCCUCGUGCUCGGCAGCAAGAACAAGAGAAGGUGAUCGCGCCACGGUACGGACUAGGGAUACGCGAGCGCGCUCGCGCGCGCCGUUGUACAUUUGAAUGGUGGGAACUCGCAGGCCAUGGUCCACGGGGAGAAAGUAUGCGUGCAGAAGGAGGUGAAGGAAGACAUUAAUUAGGUGGUGGUGAUUGUACCUGUUUUUUUUUGCCUUCUUCUUUGGUGAUUUGUUGAUAGAAACAAGUGGUUUUUCAAGUAUACAUAUGCUUGGAUCCACUAGCUUUUCGUUCUUUUUUAUGUGCUCAAAGUCGAAAGAUUACAAAAGUGACUGUCGUCUUGUUGUUUUGCUGCUUCAGCAGUCUUCAGUUCUCAGAAGAACCAUGCACUCUGCUCCGUUCUGGUGGUUCUCUA